AUGCAGUCCGGAAUUGCAGCUUCGCAAGAGCUUAUCAGCCAGUUCAACAACCUGCUUUCCGACACCUCGAUUUUCGGUCUGCUCGUAACGAUUCAGGGCGAGCAGCUCGUGCCCGUCACGACCCUGCCCUCCAAGGGCACCGAUUUCUCGGCCAACCUCUCGACGCUCUCGCCGCACCUGAAGCCCGAUGAAGCCCUCUAUGCCCUGCUGCGCCGGUCCCCGAGCCCGCCGGGUCUGAUCGCCGUCAGCUACGUGCCCGACGUUGCCAAGGUGCGGCAAAAGAUGCUGUUUGCGUCGACGCGUCUGACGCUGGUGCGCGAGCUGGGCAGCGAGCACUUUGCCGAGACCAUUUUUGCCACGAUGGCCGAAGAGCUGACCCCCGAGGGCUUCAAGCGGCACGACAAGCACACGGAGCUCGCCGCGCCGCUGACUGAGGAGGAGCGCACCCUAGGCGAGGUCAAGCGGGCUGAGGCCGAGGAGGGCCGCGGUACCGGCGUGCGCGAGAUCCAUCUGAGCAAGACCAUGAACAUGCCCGUCGAUGCAAACGCGGUCGCCGCCCUGAGUGAGAUGGCCCGCGGUGAGGGAUCGGGCAUUGUCACCCUCAAGAUCAACCCAGCCAGUGAGAUCGUCGAGCUGCUGCCCAACAGCUCGACCCCCUCGUCGGUGGAUGAACUCGCCAGCAGCAUCGAUGACAAGGAACCUCGUUUCACCUUUUGGAGGUUUACGCACACACACGCCGGUGAGGAGCAGAGUCCCGUCCUCUUCUUCUACACGUGCCCAGCUGCAGCAGGCAAGAGUAUCAAGUUCCGAAUGAUGUACCCACUUAUGAAACGUGCUGUCAUCACGGCGGCCGAGAACGAGUGCGGUCUAAAGGUGGAGAAGAAAUUCGAGGUCGAAGAGCCGAGCGAGAUCACAGAAAAGUCCGUCUUGGACGACUUGCACCCACAGGCCGAAGUCAGGACCGCCUUUAGACGCCCCAAGAGACCUGGCCGAUGA